UCGCUUAUGUCAACUUUGCGUGACUUGUGACAGCUCGCAGCAAAGUAGUGUUCGUGAAUGUGAUUUUCGAUCGCCGAAAAACAAAAAAUUGUAUUCUUGGUGCGGACAGGGAGUUCCAUCAUGAGUGCAUUAAUGAAAGUAGCUGUUUCUCGAAGCCCUGUUUCAUUGGCUUCAUAUUUAUACCGAAACCUGCAUUUAUCAGUGGGAGGAGCUACAGCAGUCAGAGAUGCCUCAACUAACACCAAUACAACAAAAGCUUACACUGUAAUUGAUCAUAAGCAUGAUGCUCUGGUCAUUGGUGCUGGAGGAGCUGGUCUUCGGGCCGCCUUCGGUUUGGUGCAGGAAGGUUUCAAAACUGCUGUUGUCACCAAACUGUUCCCUACUAGAUCACACACUGUUGCUGCUCAGGGAGGAAUCAAUGCUGCUUUAGGUAACAUGGAGGAAGACAGCUGGCUCUGGCACAUGUACGACACUGUGAAGGGAUCUGAUUGGCUGGGAGACCAGGACGCCAUCCACUACAUGACAAGGGAGGCGCCACACGCUGUCAUUGAGCUGGACAACUACGGUAUGCCAUUCUCCCGCACUCCUGAGGGCAAGAUCUACCAGAGAGCCUUCGGAGGACAGUCACUCAAGUUCGGCAAGGGAGGCCAGGCGCAUAGGUGCUGCGCUGUCGCUGACAGAACCGGACACUCCCUCCUACACACCCUGUACGGCCAGUCUCUGCGAUACGACUGCGAGUACUUCAUCGAAUACUUUGCUUUGGACCUGCUGAUGGAAGACGGAGUCUGCAAGGGAUGCAUUGCCAUCAAUCUUGAGGAUGGAUCACUGCACAGAUUCCAAGCCAAGAACACGAUCCUGGCGACUGGUGGUACCGGUCGCUCGUACUUCAGCUGCACGUCAGCCCACACGUGCACCGGUGACGGUACCGCCAUGGCUGCUCGUGCUGGUCUCCAAAACGAAGAUAUGGAGUUCGUUCAGUUCCACCCUACUGGUAUCUACGGUGCCGGUUGUCUGAUGACGGAAGGAUGCCGUGGUGAGGGUGGUUUCCUCGUGAACGCUAAGGGCGAGCGCUUCAUGGAGCGUUAUGCUCCAGUCGCCAAGGACCUGGCCAGUCGUGACGUGGUCUCCAGAGCUAUGACUGUCGAGAUCAUGGAAGGUCGCGGCUGUGGUCCCGAGAAGGACCACGUACACCUCCAGCUGCACCACCUGCCCCCAGAACAGCUGAAGCAGCGUCUGCCCGGUAUCUCUGAAACGGCUAUGAUCUUCGCUGGAGUCGACGUCACCAAGGAACCCAUCCCAGUACUACCCACCGUGCAUUACAACAUGGGUGGUACCCCCACCAACUUCCGCGGAGAGGUAAUCACCCACUACAACGGUACUGAUCGCGUGGUCCCUGGCCUUUUGGCCGCUGGUGAAGCGUCCUGUGCCUCAGUGCACGGUGCCAACCGUCUUGGAGCCAACUCUUUACUGGACAUCGUGGUCUUCGGCCGCGCCUGCGCACUCACCGUCGCCGAAACUAGCAAGCCUGGUGAUGCUCAAGCCCCGCUUAAGGAUUCAACCGGCGAGGCUAGCAUUGCGAACCUGGACAAGGUUAGGUACGCGAACGGUACGAUCUCCACCGCUGACCUGCGCUUGCGCAUGCAGAAGUGCAUGCAGAAGAACGCCGCUGUAUUUAGACAGAAGAGCACGCUUGAAGAAGGUCAGCGUCUCAUCCACGACAUCUACAAGCAGAUCAAGGACGUUAAAGUUUCCGACCGUUCCCUGAUCUGGAACAGCGAUCUGAUCGAGACCUUGGAGCUGCAGAACUUGCUCAUCAACUCUGUGCAGAUUGUAGAGGGCGCCCUCGCUCGUGAAGAGUCCCGCGGUGCACACGCCCGUGAGGACUUCAAGACACGCCGUGAUGAACUCGACUAUUCCAAACCUUUAGAUGGACAGACUAAACUGCCCUUCGAGCAACAUUGGAGAAAGCACACUCUGGCCGAGACCAACAUUGAGACAGGAGAGACUAAACUGUCGUAUAGACCCGUCAUCGACGACACACUCAAUGCGCAGGAGUGCAAGACAGUGCCACCUGUCAUCAGGACCUAUUAAACACUUUUAGUUGAAGUAACGUAAUAAAUAUAAUUUUCUCAACAUGGGUGCUGACUGAGCCAUUCAGUAUUGUCACACCGACUGCUCUACCAACUUAGUGUUCAUUUCAACCUAUUUAUAUCAUUAUUUAUUGUUAGUUUAGACAUUUUAAGUUUAACAGCUUAUUACAGAAACAAUACUCUCUAAAUUUCAACUAAUCACUGGUCCUAAGUCGUUCGACAGUACAAACGUAGUGCCUCAUAUGUUCCUUUUAAUGUUGUAACACGGGCUCAUGUUAAUCAUGGACAAAUAUUGUUAUAUAUUUCGUAAAUAAUAAAUAUCAGCAUUUAUUAUGAUUUUAUUAUACUAAUACUGUCUCCAGCAGCCCCAGGGUACUUAAGAAAUUUAUUGUUAGAUACAAGUGCCGUGCCUACAUCUCCUGAAGUUACCGUCUGAUGCAAUGGUUACAGAUCUUUGUUGUUUAUUGAAAUUAUCGCUUAGCCUGGAUGCUAAACGUGAUAAGUUUUUUAUGGAUGUUAUUUUACAAUGAGAUUGAGAACAUAUUUCUUAUAAUCUUUAUUACAAUUAAUACACACAAUUUACGAAUCUUGAGCUCAAAAUAACUAUCGGGUUUUGUCUCAAACUAUUUAGUAA